AAUUCAAUUCCAGAAUUGAAAUUGUGUUCUACAAUCAUGAAACCUAACAAUAGUUCUACACCACCUUUGCCCCAGGAACUAAAUGUGUAAAGAUUCCUCAUGAAGCAGCAACUAGAAAUAAUCCUUUAGGAAAGGUGCCGUACUCGUCAACAUUUGGGUUUGAAUUAGCUAGAAGACAAGAUGCCUAUUUACACAGUUCCUGCCAGGAGCCCCACUGGGACCCGAUGCACAGCCACUUUCCAGAAGUCUUCCUCACACAAUACCCUGGCCAACAGUAAAGCAUCUGGGCAGCAGCUGAGGUCACAGGUUUUGGGAGAAAAGGAUGGUCUGCCUUCAUGUCCUCAGAAUAAGGCUGAGGAAGUAAAUAGGACCUAUGUGAUUUCAGCUUGUGAAAAAGUGAAUGAUGUGUCAACUUCUUUUAAACUGGAAGGCAGACUAACACUCCAGAGGAGAGCUGGAGCAAGCAGAAACUCAGAGUCUGGUAGUGACACAACACAGGGUACAGAAGAACUACAAACAGAGAAAAGACUUACUCUGCGGAGGCGUAUGAGGACUGACUCCACAGAGAGGAGUACAAUUAAUCAGAAUAUUGUGCCUAGAAAAGGAAAUGAUAACCUUGGUGCAAGAGGAAAUGACAAGAUUACACUUUCACAGAAUAUUAAGGGUACAGAUGGUGUUAAACCAGACUUGAAGUUAGCUGAGAGUCAGUCAAAUACCAAGUUGCAGCAUAACCUGAACAGCAAGGAUUCCUUUGGUUUAGUUGGUGGUGUCUGUGCAAAUGCUAUCAACACGUGUUUAAAACGUAAGACAAGCACUGCUGACACAAAGUUUCAAAAUGAAGUUCCUAAAUCAGAACGGUUUGUUACCUCAAAAUGUACUAAUAGCCUGUCAGGAGAGCAACUGAAUGAAAAAGGCAAUAUAAAUAAACUAGCUGGAAAGCAAGGGGUACAGCACUUGAUAAAACACAGCAGCUUGGAAAGACCAAGGACACCAGCAAAAGUUUUAACAGAAAGAUUUACACUUACCCCAAAGAACAGCACUUCUCAAAAUCAGCCUUGUCUCAAGCUGGCCUCAAAUGAACAAACACCUCAUCUGCAAAUUCUAGCCAAGAAACUCCCCAGUGUCUCCAGCUCUCUUCCUGUGAGUACAAGUUCAGAAACAAAAGUGAACACAGAAACUUUAGCUGAGAUCAGCUGUAAUGGAGAAGAUGUUUCGAAAGUGAAAAACAGCAAAGUGAUUGUAGCUGUGCGGGUGCGGCCCUUUAGUAACAGGGAGAAAACUGAACACUCAUUCCCUGUGAUCUACAUGAAUGGUUCAGAGACAGUUGUACGAAAUCCAUCCACAAACCAGGUUUACAACUUCAAUUAUGACUUCUCCUUCUGGUCUUUUGACAAGGGUGAUCCUAAUUUUGCAAGCCAAGCAAUGAUUUAUAAAACUUUGGCACUGCCACUCCUUGAAAGAGCUUUUGAGGGAUACAAUGCUUGUCUUUUUGCUUAUGGGCAGACUGGCUCUGGAAAAUCGUACACGAUGAUGGGAUUUGAUGAAGACCGGGGGAUAAUUCCAAGACUUUGUGAAGAUCUUUUCAAUCAAAUAGCACAAAUGGACAAGGAACAGGUUUUGUAUCAUCUUGAAAUGAGCUUCUUUGAAGUAUACAAUGAGAAAAUUCGUGAUUUGCUUGUCUUUAAAGCUGAAAAUGGACAGAAGAAACAACUUCGUGUAAGAGAACAUCCAGUGUUAGGACCAUAUGUGGAAGGCCUGACAGUGAAUGUUGUCCGUUCUUAUGCGGAUAUUCAGAGUUGGCUUGAACUAGGAAAUAAGCAGAGAGCAACAGCUGCUACAGUAAUGAAUGACAAGAGCUCUAGAUCUCAUUCUGUCUUCACCCUUGUCAUGACACAAACUAAGGUAGAAUUUGUGAAUGAAGAAAAGUGUGAUCGUAGGCUCACCAGUCACAUAAAUCUAAUUGAUCUAGCUGGCAGUGAGUGCUGUACAAAGGCUCAGACCACUGGUGAAAGGCUGAAGGAAGGUGUGAGUAUCAACAAAUCACUCUUGACCCUUGGAAGGGUUAUUUCUGCACUGUCUAAACAAUCUCAGAAUGGAAAGAAAGCUUUCAUUCCAUACCGGGAAUCUGUUCUUACUUGGCUGUUAAAGGAAAGUCUUGGUGGCAAUUCUCAAACAACCAUGCUUGCCACAGUGAGCCCAGCUGCCAGCAGCACCGAGGAGACGCUCAGCACCCUUCGCUAUGCCAAACAGGCUUGUUCAAUUAUCAACAUUGCUAAAGUGAAUGAAGAUGUAAAUGUCAAACUAAUCAGAGAAUUAAAAGCUGAAAUUGAAAAACUGAAGGCAGCUCAGAAAAGUGCUCUGAACACAGAUCGUGAAAAAUACAGGCGUUAUUUGCAGGAAAUAACAUCUCUGAGGGUAGAAUUGCACCAGCAGGAGCGGAACAUGGAUGAAAUGCAAAGGGCCUGGAAAGAAAAGCUUGAAGAAGCAGAAAAAAGGAAAUUGGAAGAUAUAAAAGAAUUGCAGAAAGCUGGAAUUGCAUUCAAAAUGGACAAUCACUUACCAAACCUUGUCAAUCUCAAUGAAGAUCCUCAGCUUUCUGAGGUGCUGUUAUACAUGAUCAAAGAAGGGGAAACUACAGUUGGAAGGUGUACACCAAAUUCAAAACAUGAUAUCCAGCUUUCUGGAGUGCUGAUUGCUGAUGACCAUUGUGUUAUUAAAAAUACUGUUGGCAAAGUAAGUAUUAUUCCACUUAGCGAAGCCAAGACAUAUGUAAAUGGGAAAUGCAUUUUGGACCCAACAAUUCUGCAUCAUGGUGAUCGAGUGAUUCUGGGGGGAGACCAUUAUUUCAGGUUUAAUCAUCCAGCAGAGGUUCAGAAAGUUAAAAUACCUUCUUGUGGGACUUCAUGUUUGCAUGAUGGUCCAAAAGAUUUUGAAUUUGCAAAGAACGAGCUGCUUGUUGCGCAGAGAACGCAGCUUGAAUCAGAAAUUGAAGAGGCACGACUCAAAGCCAAGGAAGAAAUGAUGCAAAGUGUCCAAAUAGCAAAAGAGAUGGUUACACAAGAACUGUCUGCACAGAAAGAAGCUUAUGAGAACAAAAUAAAAUCCCUGGAAGCAGAGGUGAGAGAAGAAUCUCGUAAGAAGCAAAUCCAAGAACUGAAUAAUCAAAAAGCCACAACUAAAAUACAGGAGCUAGAGAAGGCAAAGAAAAGCCUUGAGCUAGAACUCCACUUCAAUAAGAAGCGUUUAGAAAUGGAGACACUAGCUACCAAGCAGGCUCUGGAAGACCAUACUAUUCAUCAUGCUAAGAUAGUGGAAGCUCUGGAAGCUGAGAAGCAGAAGAUUGCUGAGGAAAUACACACCCUUCAAAAGAAUCAUGCAAGUGGGAAUAAACCAGUGAUGAUUCCACUGAACUGGAAGUCUCUAAGGCUGUCUGUGAUGAUUAAAGAGGCUAACACCAUUAGCAAUGCAUUAGGGAAAAGCACUGUUUUCUGCAGGCAUGACAAAAUUGAUGAUAAAACAGGAACAGUGUCUUCUAUUCAGGUGCAGGUUCGUAACAUCAAACUGGGAAUAACAACUUUCUGGAGCCUAGAGAAAUUUGAAUGUAAACUAGCAGCAAUGAAAGAACUCUAUGAGAGUAAUGAUAGAAACAAAGCUGUUGUUGAUGUGUUUUAUGAUCCUGCUGAUGAGUGGGAACCUGACCUUUCAGACAACUCUAUUUCCUUGCUUUCCAGAAGAAGAAGUAGAAGCUUCAUGAAGAACAAGAGAAUUUCUGGAUGUUUGUCUGAGAUAAAAUUGCAAUCUAUUCAGAAUAAACAGACUUCCUAUAUAUCAGGUUCACUAAACAAGUCCAACAUAUGCUCAAGCACUUCUGAAUUGUUUCUUCCCGGAAUUUGCAAGGAAUCUCUAGGUUCAGCUUUAGAUUUGCUGGAACAGAGUCACGAAGGAGGAAAAAGCAUAGCAGAUAGUCUCCUGACUAAUUUGUUUAUAAUUUUUUCUGGGGCAUCUGCCAUUUCGAAAGCCUAUGAACAGCAAGACGAAGAAUGUCAGGAAAACUUUUUCUCUCUUGAUCGUGCUGCUCAGUCCUACAGCGUCAGAAUUGUCUCUGCUUUUGACCAGAUUGUGGUUGUAAGUAAACUCUGGCUUAAUAAAGUCCAAAAGUGUCCUGGAUCUAGAAAAGUUGAUGAAGAAAUGAAACGGGAAAUAAAGAACUUGGGAGGUUAUUUACAGUUGCUGUUGCAGGGGUGUUCUUCAGAUAUAUCCUCGAUGGUAGCAGAAGCAUGGAGCAAAGUAAACCAAAUAGUAAAACAAACAAUGAAAUACAUAGGACACUUGGCACUAGUCACAACAGCUGAUAUUUCAUUUCCUGAAGAGAACAGCAUUCCUGCCUCUAGUCUACAGGAAUUUGUACUUGCCAUUUAUGAUGGAGUAGGCUCAGGGCUGGAGUGUCUCAUUGAUGCUGUACAGGAGAAAGCAAGAAUAGUACAGAAAGAACUUGUGAAACAAUGUCCUCAAAAUGAGAUUCAAAAUCGAGUAAAGGAUAACAUGGUGGCAUUAGCCAGAUUCAUUGAAAACAACAUGUCUUACUGCAGAAAGAAAGAAACAGAAUCUCAGUUGCCAGAAGAAGACUCUCUAUAUCGAGAAAUAAAGAAGAGCACUAAGAUUGCUGUGAAAUAUUUGGAAUUGGAGCAGUGCCUGACUGAAGUCUGUCAAAUUGUCUCUUCCAUGUUACAAGGGUUGUACAGAAACACCAGUCCUCUCAGGAGCUUUGCAGAAAAUAUUUCUGUCAUUGCCGGAUAUUUUAACAACUAUUUCAGUUUAUUUACCUUGUCUUCUGCGAACAAACCUAUCCAGAAAAUGCUUGUGCCUUUUAUGAACCUGGAUGAGUUGGACUCUCUGGUUGAUUCCCUUAUUAUGAAUUUUGAACUUGAACAAGGACAACCAUCACUGCAAUCUCAAAUUAUUUGUAAUGAAACUACUGAGAUUCGAGGAGGACAGGUUGAAACAGGUCAGGUUGAAUUUGCUUGGAAAUCGAAUGGGAUUCCUGAAUGCACACAGACUCCAGAGCUUUCACCUGGUAGGAUAGAAUGGGUAUAAAAUGUUAAUAUCAAGAAAUUAAAGAAAACUCUUUCCUAUUGCAGCAUAUCAGAAAAAGCUAAAAUUUAUUGCUAAUAUUAUUAGUGAGUGAGUGGUGGGAAAGUAAAAUGCCAUGUUUGGGUACCCUAUAUUUCACCAAAGAAAAAAAUGUGUUCCUUAAGAGACUAUUUACUACCUAAGUUUAUAAGAAAUAAUUUGAUUUUUUAAAAUUUUUGCUUCAUGUCAGCUGCAUUAUGAUCUAGUAAUGCUACUGCAACUUGAAAGUGUUUUUUAUGCUUUUUUUUAAACAGAGCAAAAACUUUGUAUUUAUUUAUAUAGAGGAUAACAAUGAGAGCUAGUAAAAGUACUUUGAAACCUUAUUUGAUGGAUGUUUUGUAAAGUGGUUUUUAGUUAAUUGAAGAAUUUGGGCUUAAAGUAUCAAUGAUGCUAUUCAAAGUGAUCUGAAGUAAGUUUAUGUUGGGUUUGUUGCUAGCGAAUUAUCUUAUGAUUGCUGAAAUCAUUUUCUCUACUAUUCAUAUUGGAAUAGAGGCAUAUCUGUUCCUAAAUAACAUAUAAAUUAUUCCAGGUUGUGGAGAGCUUCCAAAUACACCACUUUCUUGUGUGUGCUAUUAUUGCUUAACAUCUUAUUUUUGAUCCGCUGCCUGAAGUUAACAGGAAGGACGGAAAUUAAUUUGCAUGGGUUUUAGGGGGCCUGGCAAGAGCACAACUUUAAACAGUGCUGAGAAAUUCAUAAGAUAAAACCUAAGGUUUUUUCCCUAUACCUCAACAUGGCUAUAGUGGUUUAAACCCAGCUGGCAACUAAGCACCAUGCAGCCACUUCCUUGCUCCCCCACCAGUGGGGAGAAUCAGAAGGGUAAAAGUGAGAAAAUUCCUGGCUUGAAAUACAGACAGUUAAAUAGGGAAAGGAGAAAAGCUGCACACACAAGCUAAGCAAGUAAAGGAAUUAACUGCUUCCCAUGGUCUUCCCCAUGGGCUGCAGGGGAAUCUCUGGUCCCAUGUCUGGAGCUCCAGCAUGGGGUUGUUGGUCCUUCCCACAGACUGCAGUUCCUCAUGAACUGCUCCAGUGUGGGUCUGUUCCACAGGGUGCAGUACUUCAGGAGCUGCCUUCUCCAGUUUGGAGCUACACGUCCUGCCAACAAACCUGUUCCAGCAUAGUCUCCUUUCUCCACAAGUCCACAGGUCCCUGCUAGGAGCCUACUCCAUCAUUGGCUUGCCCUGGCUUUCCCUCCAUCAGGCCCACCAGUGCCAGUGUGGGCUCCUCCAUGGGGCUACACGUGGAUCUCUGCUUCCACAUGGACCCAUCACAGGUCCCAUCUCUCUGACUUGUGUUCACACUGGAGUUCCAGCAUGUCCAGUACAGCAGCACAGAAAAAGCAGUGAUUCCCUGACCAUCUGCCAGUCCCUGUGCAUCACCACUGCUGUCCUCAAAAUGGCCCCAGCACGGCAGAGUGAAGGGAUCAGCAGCACAACAGCAGGAAAAACAAAAAGCAGCCCCAGAUGAGCACUACACUAAUGUACUGUAAGGCAUCAUGCCCAGGGCAAGCACAGGAGUCUGCCCAAAGCAGCCAAACAGCAAUAAUAGCUCUAAAAUCCAUCUAGCACAUUCCAAUCAAAGCUGUUAUCUUGAACCUUCUGAGCUCCAUGUUGGGCAUCAAAAGGAACUGUUGUGGCUUAAUCCAAGCUGCCAGCACAGCCCACACAGCUGCAUGCUCACUGCCUCCCAGUGGGACUGGGGAGAGAAUUCAAAGGGGUAAAAGUGAGAAUAAUCAGGGGUUGAGAUAAAGACAGUUUAAUAGUGAAAACGAAAAAUUGUGCAUGCGAGCCGAACAAAACAAAUCAAUUCACUUCUUCCCCUGGGCAGGCAGGUGUUCAUCCAUCCCUAGGAAAACAGGGCACCAUCACCUGUAAUGGUUACUUGGGAACAAAAAUGCCAUCACUCCAAAUGUUCCACCGUUCCUUCUUCUUCCUCUCUGUAUGCUGAACACGAUGUCAUGUGAUCUGGAAUGUCCCCGUGUGUCCUCCCUACUUCCCAAGCACCGCAAGAGCCUCUUCAUCAGCCAGGCAGUACAAGAAGCAGAAAAGGCCUUGGCUUUUGUAACUUCUCCUCAGCAAUUAAAAAAAAACCCCAAACAUCAUUGUGUUCAGCACAAAUCUAAACCGUUGUCCUAUACAAACUACCUUGAAAAAAAUUAACCCUACCUAAGCACAGCUUCCAAGGUUGGAUAUUCAUGGCUGUAAUCUCUCCUUCUGAGGGAAGAUGUUCAACAUCUUGAGAAUUUCAGUCUUUGAGGACGUGUUGGGCUCUUGGAACUCUUUUAUGUGAAAAGACUGCAGUAGAAUCAAUGAUAAUUUUCUCUUGAAAAUUUUAUUUAUAUUUGAUGCUGCUAUUCAGUGAUUUUGUGCUUUUCUGUUGCAGAGGAUAUUGGGAAAGUAAUUAUGCUGAUCCAGUAAUCCACAUGUGUAUUUCCUAAAGAUUAGUACAUUGUAGUGCUUUCCCAAAAAAUGUCUAGCAGUGCAGUCCUGCCACCAAAAAUACUCAUCACUUUUUCUUCUUAUUGCUCAGCUAAUAAUUUUCUUCUCACAUGAGGUAUGAUGCUUAAUUGCUUUCUUACUGUAAGGCCUUUGCAAGUUUGCUCAAGGAUUAAGAAAGUAUAUUUUGUUCAGAUUUUUAUGCUUUAAAUAUGAAAAGAAGCCUGAUGUAUUUUUACUUGUUACACUUUUUAAGUGUGUUAUUUUGUAUUUGGCUGAAGUUUUGAAAAUGUAACUGGUUCUUCUGUGUUGUGUAUCUAAGCAUGGGAGAUGUGAAGAGUUAAAAUACAUCAUGUACUUUACUGAUUUUUUACAACUUGUAAAUUCCUUGUGUAAAUCAA